AUGGCACCAAGUACGCUUCAGAAAGCGCGCCAUCUUCUUUUCGUGGCUCCCUUCGACCUCAGCUUCUCUCUCGCACUGGCAAUUGUGCGAGGUCUCGUUCCUGGGAGCCGACCAGACGAAACAUGGACUUUCCGCCAGGCAUUUUCCAUCAGCAUGUUCAAGGCCUUGAUCCGGCAAAUGUCAGCCUUGCAGAGACCAGCGGGACUGAGCCUAAAACCCGGAAGCGAAGGAGACCGGUUCGUGGUGAUGCCUCCUGGCCAUCAGGAUCUAUAUAGGGGACCGCUGAACGAUCCUCUCAUUCAUCCGGGCCAGGUCGGGGCUAUCUGGACGCCACACGCGCCGAAGAAUCUGUCGGCACAGAAUCAGAAAUGGGGAAGCGACUUGCUCGUGGUGCUGCAUCUCCACGGCGGAGCCUACGUUGUGGGCGAAGGACGAGACCAAGAUUCGGGCUUCGCGGCACAGACACUUCUGUCGCACAUGGGCUGCUCGCACGUCUUCAUGCCGCAGUACCGACUAGCUAGCGAUGCUGGGGGCCGCUUUCCAGCAGCGCUGCAAGACGCACUCACAUCGUACCUCUAUCUGCUCCGCCAUCUCCAGAUCCCCUCGUCACAGAUCGUGCUGAGCGGCGACUCUGCUGGCGCUAAUCUUGCCCUUGCACUCCUCCGAUACAUUGGCGAAUUUGGUCCGGAACUCGGCCUACCAUGGCCUGGGGCUGUGACGCUGUGGUCUCCGUGGAGUGAUCUUUCCGUCGUUCUGGACACUACAAAGAUCACACAGUCUCCGAACUAUGGGUCUGACUACCUGGACGUUUCCUUCCCACUCUGGGGUGCGCACGCGUUGGUUGGAAAUGGACAAGCCGGUCUGAUGGACCCUUACAUCUCGCCACAGCACAAGCCCUUCAAGAUCGAGGCGCCUGUUUGGGUACACACAGGAGGCAGAGAAGUUUUGUUCCAUGAAAACCUCCAACUAGUCGAGAAGCUUCGGAAGAUGGGGACAACUGUUGAGUGGGUUGUCGACGAGCACUGCCCACACGACAUCAUUCUGCUCGGGAAGAUUCUAGGCUUUGAGGAGGAGGCAGUAAAAGGCUCGCGCAAGGCUGGCGAGUUUGUGAGACUCAAUCGGUCUCUGGAGAGUCAGUAA